CACUCACAAUCAAAGCUCGGUAGAUUUCGGUAAAUUAUUAUUCGGAGCAUGCCAAAUUCAGAUGGAAGUGAAGUCAAAAUUUGUGUGAGUGUCACCGCCACAGAAGUGCCUAUUUGUAAAUAAACGGUUAUCAUUGUUAUCACAUCUGCAAACGAAGCCCUUUUCAGCAAAAGUUAAUAGAUCGCUUAGCAACUGUAUUGUAAUCCGUUAAAUAAUGAACCGAAUUGAUGAUGAUGUAAUAGCUGAAUAUCACGAUCAUUGAGACUCGAAAUUCGGCGACAAUAACACCAUGGAUCGUAAGAAAAAUGAGCAAGUUCAUUAUGCUGCUUUAUGUGGUGGACUUACCGGAUGCAUAACACGAUUCGUUUGUCAGCCGCUAGAUGUUCUCAAAAUCCGGCUUCAACUUCAAGCUGAACCAAUCAGCACUUAUUCUGCGGUGUCAAAGUAUCGGUCCGUACCCCACGCAAUAGCUUGCAUUUAUAAAGAAGAGGGACUGCUGGCGUUCUGGAAAGGCCACAAUCCGGCUCAAGUACUAUCUUUGUUAUACGGAGUAGCUCAAUUUUCAUUCUACGAAAGAUUCAAUGGCUUGCUACGAGAAGUGCCGUACUUUGAAGAGCACAAUCGGACCAGGAAUUUUUUUUGUGGAGCUGUAAGUGGUACAUAUGCGGCUUUAGUUAUCAUGCCCUUGGACGUGAUACGUACUCGGAUGGUAGCACAAGAUUCUGGAAGAGGCUAUCGAAAUGCAUUUCAUGCUAUCAGUGAAAUUUCGCGAAAAGAAGGUGUUCGCGGGUUGUAUCGAGGGUUGGGGCCUGCCAUUCUUCAAGUAGCACCCCUCACUGGUGGCCAGUUUAUGUUCUACAACAUGUUUGGAAGCGUUUAUCGUAGCUUCGCCACAUUGCCUGAUAACAGCCAGCUUCCACCAACUGCGUUACUGGUAUGCGGUGCGCUAGCUGGACUUAGUACGAAACUCAUAGUUUACCCACUAGACUUGGCCAAGAAGCGCCUUCAGAUACAGGGAUUCGCCAAAGAUCGCCAAACCUUUGGGAAGCAUUUCGUGUGCAAAGGUAUAUUCCAGUGUCUGUUCGCGGUUACUACUAAUGAAGGUUUUCGCAGCUUGUACAAGGGUCUGAUUCCUACGUUGCUAAAAGCUGGCGCUACUUCAGCAAUGUACUUUCCUAUCUACGAUAUGCUGUUGAGGUUUCUCAACACAAAUUUUCCUAAACGAUAACAGAUAAUAUUAUGCCAGCUCUAAGCAAGAAUUAAUAAAUAUUGUGUUUUUGUUCAGAUGUAUUUUUCAUUGUUACUCGCCUUACCUAGAUAGUUAAUAAA